AUGUCUCGUGGUCUCUCUGACCAUGAGCCCGAAGAUGGCGGCGCCUUUAAGAUGACCUGGCAGCUAUGGCUAGCCAUGGCAUCGUUCCAACUCGGCUACAUGUCGACCCUCUUUUCAACAUCCAUGACCUCCACGAUCGUGUCGGAAAUCAACGCGGACAUUGGCCCUAGCACAAGCUACACUUGGAUGGCAUACGCUCAGCUCUUCUGCACUGCCGUUCUUUGUCCCUCCUUCGGACGUCUAAGUGAUGUCUAUGGCCGCCGCAAUUUCCUUAUAGUGGGCAACAUCAUUGGUGCCAUUGGAUGCGUGGUGGCUGCGACUGCGCAACAGGUCAGGACUCUUAUUAUCGGCAGUGCCUUCAUCGGCGUGGGCAAUGCGAUACAGGAGUUGGCACUGACGUGCGUCGCCGAGAUGGUGCCCAAGAGGUCGAGGUUCUUAGCUAUGGGCUUGUUUCAGGCCUCGGCAUUCCCUGCUUCUGUGUUCGGGCCUGUGAUUGCUUUUAGCAUCUUCAAAGAUGGAUCGUGGCGUGGUACCUUCUGGUUGACCUUCUCCCUCGAUCUGGCGGCCUGCGCCCUCACAAUCCUUUUCUAUACUCCGGUUCAUCAGUAUGACCGAGUCGAAGGCAAGACUGGGUUACAGCUGUUCCUUGGUCUCGAUUGGUUCGGGAACUUCCUUUUCAUCGCCGGCAUUGCCAUACUUGGUGUCGGCUUAUUGACUGGAGGCAAAGAGUUUCCUUGGAAAUCCGCUACAGUCAUCACAUUGAUGAUCGUGGGGGGUCUUUUAUUAGUGGCCUUGCUUGUCUGGGAGAGAUAUACCAAAAUCAAGGAAAGCUUUUUCCCCAAGGAGUUCUUUACCUCUAUUCGAGGCAGUGCUGUCCUUAUUCAAGCCGCUGGUUUCUUUGGUAUGGCUUACUACUCUACAUCCACGCUUUGGCCUCAACAGGUUGCCAUACUCUACACUCGCGACACCAUGGCAGUCGGAUGGUAUACAUCUGCAUUUGGUGCCGCUGGAUGUCUCGCUGGUCCUAUUGCAGGGUACUUUAUAACCCAGUUUGGACACGCACGUUGGGUACUUACUGGAAACCUUAUGCUGCUCACGACUUGCUUGGGGGCCCAGGCUAUUGUUACCCCAGGUUCUUAUGUUGCGUCCACAGUACUCGUGACAUUGAUUGGCUUCUGUGUGACGUCUGUCACGGUUGCAGCAGUCACUAUGAUCCAGCUGGAUGUACCACAUAAUUAUAUCGGCACUGCAACUGGAGUCGCAAUCACUUGUCGUUCUAUGGGAGGGGCCAUAGGACUUGUAGUCUACUCAUCGGUCCUCUCCUCACGCUUCAGCUCCAACCUCCCCUCCAUGGCAGCUAAGCCUCUUGCCAUGGGAGGUGUAAACCCGAAAGCGAUUCCCGGGAUUCUGCAGGCCCUUCUGACUGGCAAUCCCAAGAACCCUGCACUUCAAGGUAUAUCUCCAGAGAUUCUCGAUAUUGCAGUGAAGGGUAUCAAGUCUGCUUUUGCAUCUGCCUUGCGUAUUACAUUCCUCACUAGCAUCUCUUUUGCCGCCAUUGCUCUUAUACUCGUGGCCUUCAGUGCCGAUGUCGAGCAUCUUAUGACAAGGCAGGUAGAUGUCAAAUUGGCGGCAGACAAAGGGUUAACUACUGGGACAUCGCAACCACGGCCAACAGGCUCAUGCCGAUGA